AUGUGUGUUAUAGUUAUUGGGGAUUUACCAGGCAACAAUUAUAUGAUCAGAUUUAUAGCUCAAACCUGGUCUCAAGUAGCUGAUCCUGAGGUGUUUUUACAUGAUAAUGGGUAUUACAUAGUGAAGUUUCAAGACAUGGAUAAUUCGCAAGAAAUUUUAUGUGCUGGCCCUUACUCAAAAGCAAUGGAGGAAGAACUUUUGGCUCUUAAAGAAAAUAAUAUAUGUCCUUCAAAUGUCCGGCCAAUUGGUUGUAAAUGGUUUUAUUCAAUUAAACUUCAUGCUGAUGGAACUCUUGAUCAGUACAACGCUGGCUUGGUUGCAGGAAAUUUGAUUGCUUUGGCUGGUCUUCAAGAAUCUCCCUCUGUUGAUACUCCAUUGAAAUUGAAUGUAAAGUAUCGUUGUGAUGAAUGCGAUCUACUUCCUGAUCCAACUUUGUUUCGACAAUUAGUUGGGAGCCUAAAUUAUCUUACUAUUAUUCAGGCUGAUAUCUCUUUUGUAGUUCAACAAGCCAGUCAAUUUAUGCAGACUCCUCGUCAUCUACAUUUGCUUAAUAUGUUUAGUGAUUCUGAUUGGGCUGAAUGUCCUGAUACUCGCCGCUCCAUCACAGGAUGGUACAUGUUUCUCGGAGAUUAUUUGAUAUCUUGGAAGAGCAAGAAGCAAGAUCGUGUUUCAAAAUCUUUAACGGAGUCUGAAUAUCGAGCAAUGCCUACUGCUUGGUCUGAGAUUAUUCAGCUUCGUGGUUUACUUGCAUAA